AUGGUUCGAUCUCUGCUCGCAUUGGCUUUUGCCAACAUUGCCCUGGCUGGAACGGUCACCUACAACUGGGAGGCUACCUGGGUCAACACCAACGGUGGAAAGAACGUCACGAGGCCUGUCAUUGGUAUCAACGGACAAUGGCCUUGCCCCAAGAUCGAGGCCAACGUUGGUGAUACCAUCGUCGUCCACCUGACCAACAAGCUUGGCAACCAGACGACCGGUAUUCACUUCCACGGUAUCGAUCAGAUCAGCACCAACUGGAUGGACGGCCCCAGUAUGGUCACCCAGUGCCCGCUGCCUCCCGACUCUUCCAUGACCUACUCCUUCACCGCCAACGCUGGCGGAACCUACUGGUACCACUCUCACAACAUGGGCCAGUACCCUGACGGCAUGCGCGGCCCCUUGAUCAUCCACGACCCCCAGGACCCCUAUGCUGGACAAUAUGACGAGGAGUACCUCCUGACUGUCUCUGACUGGUACAAUGAUCAGAGCAUUCCCCUGGUCCAGAAGAUGCUUGUGCCGUCCAACGCGCAUUUCCAGCCGCCCAUCCCUAAUGGCAUCAUCAUCAACGACGGCGCUACGGCCAACUACAAGUUCGAGAAGGGCAAGACCUACCGUUUCCGUGUCAUCAACUACGCUGCCAUCGCCUCCUUCAUGUUGCACUUUGACUCUCACGAUAUGAACUUGAUCAUGAUUGAUUCGGCCUACAUCAAGCAGAAGACCACCUACCAGAUCCGCAUCACUCCCGCCCAGCGCUACGACAUUCUGAUCAAGUGCAUCGACCGUGACAACCGCAACUACCCCUUCCUCAUCUCCGCCGACAUCAACCGUGAUUGGUCCAACAAGGCUCUUGACCAGUCCUGGCCCUUCAACGCCACCGGCCAGUUGGUCAUGGACCAGAGCAAGCCCUUCGGCACCGAUUCUGUCGCGGAAUGGAAGCCCUCGGACGACUCCGUCUACGAGCCCUAUGGCGACGAGGCCAUCCUUCCUGACGCCACCACGACCAUCCAGUUCAACUGGCAGUUCUGCUUCGACAGUGCCGGUAUUCCCCGCGCCUGCGUGAACGGCAGCCCGUACGUCGACCAGAAGGUUCCCACCCUGUACUCCGUCGCCUCCACUGGUGAGAACAACACCAACCCUGCCGUCUACGGCGCCGUCCACCCCUUCGUUGUCAGCUAUGGCGAAAUCGUCGACAUCGUCGUCAACAACAGGGAUGAGGCCGUCCACCCUUUCCACCUUCACGGUCACCACUUCCAGGUCCUCAAGCGCCCUGCCUCCGGCACUGGUGACUGGCCCGGAGCCGACCGCGCUCGCCUGAACCAGAAGCCUCCCCGUCGUGACACCGUCUCCGUUAUGGGCAACUCGUACGCUGUGCUGCGCUUCGAGGCCACCAACCCUGGCGUCUACCUCUUCCACUGCCACAUUGAGUGGCACGUUGAGAUGGGUCUGACUGCUACCAUCAUCGAGGCCCCUGAGAUGCUCCGCAACCUUACUCUCCCUGAUGACCACCGCGCUGCCUGCGCCAAGCAGGGCAUUCCUGUUGAGGGCAACGCUGCCGGCAACACCGAGAACGUGCUUGACCAGACCGGCAUGAACUUGACUCCCCCGGUCACCUAUGUCGGUUCCACCUACAUCCCCGCUGCCGCCGCCGCCCCGGCCCCGGCCCCGGCUGCCAAGCUCCGCUCCCGCGUUGUCCGCAAGAGUCUCUGA